AUGGGCGGUCGUGGUGCCGGCGGCAGCGGCAUCGUUUCGCACCUCGGCUACGCGGUCACGCCCACGUUGGCUCCGGCGGUUGCUUCGAUGCCAAUCGCCGGCAGACGUGGAUCAUCACUUCGACAGUCCGACAAGAACACUCCUGAUCGUCCGCCGCUCGACAGCUCGAAGCAAGAAUCACUCGAUGACCGAGCGUCAUCGAAACUUACUCUCGAUGAUGAGCUGUUCGAUAUUUUAUACGCAUUUGGCGAAAGCGAUGCGUUUCUGGGAAAAGCGGACCAUCGUGAUGACGCUGACGAGGACGGGAAACCGUUAACUAGGCAGGCCCUUCUUGAGCGAAUCCGACAAAAGAAAGAAGUUAUAGGGAAAUUAAGAUGUCAGCCAUGGAGUAUGACAAGGAAAAAGCGAACGCUCAAACUUGCUCAGAAAUACUUGGAACAGCACGAAUCGCGUGUGUCCCGGACUCAUCUCUACAUGGAAGAAUUACGGAAACGAAUGCGAUUAUUGAAAAGAAGUUUCUCCAACAUCAAGACCUAUCUGAUUCCAUGGGAAGGGAAGAUCAAACGUAUAGAAAGUCAUUUUGGAUCAGUGGUCUCCUCGUACUUCACAUUUCUUCGAUGGAUUGUCUUUGUGAACGUGAUUAUUACAUUGAUAAUUCUCGCACUAGUUGUGCUUCCUGAGGCGUUGGCCGACGCUGCCGCUGACGAGUCUCGGCGGAACAGAACCGAAUCGCGCAAGGAAAUCCCCUCGAAUGAACGGAUACACGCGGAUGAGAUCGCUGUGGUUUGGCACUACGAUGGUUAUCUUCGAUACUCACCGCUCUUCUACGGAUACUACUCCGAUGAUGAAUUUUUAUGGCAGAAAUAUCCGUUACCAUUAGCCUAUUUUCUGGUCACAAUUUUCAUCUUUGCUUACAGUUUUUUUGCUAUUCUUAGAAAAAUGGCUGCCAAUGCUCGAAUGUCAAAGUUAUCCGGGAGUAAAGCUGAACAGUAUAUAUUCAACUGGCGAGUAUUCACCGGCUGGGAUUACACGAUCGGUAAUCAGGAUACGGCUAGCAACACUGUGAUGGCCAUAGUCAUCAAGUUGAGGGAGUCAAUUGCUGAUUGUCGUGUCUCGAUCGGGUCGAAAUUUCGUUGCCUACAAUUUACAUUACGAGUAAUCGCAAAUCUUGUCAUCUGUGGAAUGUUAGCUUUCUCCAUUUACUGUAUUUCGUUUGCUGUGCAAAAAUCACAAACAGCUGUCGAACAGGAGGGGAAUCUUUUCACGAAAAAUCAGGUUCCUUCCGUCGUCGCCACAAUCACUCACGUCUUUCCUAUGAUUUUUGAUCUAAUUGGUCGUCUAGAAAAUUAUCAUCCACGAACCGCUUUGCGGGCACAUCUCACUAGGGUUCUUGUGUUAUAUGUGUUGAACUAUUUGACGUUGAUAGUUGCUUUAUUUGAUAAAAUGGAUGCGAUUAGGAGAAAGGAACCAGUGGAUACGUUGAUGUAUCGAAAAAAACGACAGCUAGGAGGCAGAAAUCCGAACCUUCCACGUCCUCCACCAUACGCAAGCCGAACGUUUGAAAAUCGAACAGAUCUAUUACGUUUCAUUGCAAAAAGUACUCAACGAUUUGGACAAACUCGUACCACGAGGGAGGUGUUGACAACACCGUUUACCGUUGCUCCACAAUUUGGACCAGUUAAUGUAAAUAAUCCGAACGCUAUCCUACGGAAUGGAACUUUGAGGAAAAUCUUCGAAGCGAAGCGUAUCGGGCCUGAUCCACUGCCCAUCUAUACUCCACCUCCUCGGACACAUCCACCAUAUGAACCAGGAAACGUGAAAGAGAGCUUCGGUGGUCCAGACUUCUCAACGACCUCCUCCCCACGUACUUACACCAGAACAACAAAGCAACCGAUACGAAUUACUAAGCCGGCGACAACAAAAAAAGUAACUGUUGCAAACACAGUUAGCGGAAAAACAGAAACCACCAAGGCGACAUCCUCAAGCAAUGCAGCUCCUAACGACAAUUUAUCCGACAGUGAAGAUCCGGCGAGGAACUUCUUACAAGCUAACGAGACAAUGCGAUUGCCUGCAGCAGCAGAACGAAGAAGUUCUGCAGAUGAGGUUUACAACACGGAUAUUUGCUGGGAAACAAUAAUUGGCCAGGAAAUUGUCAAACUGGUCACUAUGGAUCUCAUCGUGACGAUUGUCUCCAUCCUUGUUAUCGAUUUUCUUCGUGGUCUUUGGAUCAAUGUCGAUUCCCUCUUUCUCUCCUUCACGAUGUCACCAUUUCAGCCCGAAUAUGGCGAGUUCAAAGUUGCCGAAAAUGUGCUGCAUAUCAUAAACAACCAAGGCAUGAUAUGGCUUGGAUUAUUUUUCGCUCCUCUUCUACCAGCUUUGAACAACAUCAAACUGGUAGUGAUUAUGUAUAUUCGAGGAUGGGCUGUCAUGACUUGCAAUGUUCCGGCAAGAGAGAUUUUUCGAGCUAGUAGAUCAAGCAAUUUUUAUUUGCUAAUCCUGCUGCUAUGGUUACUACUGUGCACGUUACCUGUUGGAUUCGUGAUCGCCUCGACAAAACCGUCCAGAAAAUGUGGACCAUUUGCGCAGCACGACCACUUCUACACCGUUAUCACGAAUGAGAUUGAGAAACGUGUGGAUCCAUUUCUGCUCGGUUACAUUCGGCAUGUUGCAUCUCCUGGAGUUGUAAUUCCCAUCCUACUUUUUCUAAUGCUUAUUAUUUACUUUUUGGUGUCUCUGGUCAGAGGCCUACGUGAAGCCAACACAGAUCUGCAACAACAAUUAAUUCAUGAACGCACAGAAGAAAAAAAGAAGAUCUUCGAACUAGCCGGAGGGAAGAAGAAGAUCGAUCCAGAUAGAGAUCGUGAUCACAAGAAAGCCAUGCAAUACCUCCCUCUUAUUGAGCAGCAGCGAAGGGAACCAUGGAGAGCCUAUAUUGAGCCGUCAGAAGAACCGCUACGUGCGGAUGAUUCGUCAGAAAGUGAAGAAGAAGAUCAGGAUGAGGCACCAUCGCCUACAUAUCCUCAUCGAUUAACUGCUCCAGUGCCGUCGAGUACAUCCGAGACAGUUGCGGCCAUGCAUUUCCAUCCUUCUUUAGAUUCGUUGGACGAAAGAGAGGAAGCCGAGGAAGAGGCCAGCCAAACGAUGGAAAAUCCACAACGUAUCGUACAUUCAGUGUCACAGCAGUUUUCUGUUAAUGCCCAAACCGAGUCACCCACAGAAAGUUUCGAGGUUCAGAGCAAUGUAAUCGAUAUCGCUACACCAGAAGAAGUCCGUAGUCUGCUUCGACCGUUUCUUGAGAUGAAGGUCUUGUCUCAACGCCGUGCCCGUGGUUUUCCGCACGAUCUCAACAGUCCACCUCCUGGAAUACGUGAUCGAGAUCCGUCGUCAGUGGAUGACACGUCCAGCGCUGCUCCAGCAACUACAGUGGUGCUGAGUUCAAGACGAUCAAGCAAAAGACAUUCAUACAUAUCACUCUACGAGUACGCUAGCGGUAGUGGUUGCGGCAGUGGCGCGACUCGCGACGAGAUCUCCUAUUUCGGCGCUCCGACCCUCAUCACUUCGCAAAGAUUACGUAACAGUCAAGAAAUGAGGGCAGAGGUGCACCGUCUGCCAACAACCCGCGAAUCAGAAGAAGAACCGUCCGCAAUGAAACAAUCCACUGAAUCGUCCGAGCAAUGCAUGAAAACAAAUGGAAACGGAAAUAAAUUUGCUGUGGAAGGCAGCCACUCAACGUUCCAGCCGUGGCCUUCCAUUGAUGAGGUGCGAGCACGCAGGGAACAGCUACUGAAGAAGACACCACUCCCCUUUUAUAAGACUAGUAUCAAUGAAUAUCCUACCAGCCCUCAAUUGUAUCAACCUGGUCCGAGCACGAAACCUGUGGAUAACAUUCAGAAACCAUCCGUACCUGUGCAUAGGAAGUAUGAACAAGAGGUUUCUUCUACGGUUUCUUCAACUGACGAUGAGCGAAGAUCAGCUUCACCAUCACGGAGAUUCCGUAUUUCAGUAUCACCGUCCAGGCGAAUAGAUACAGAUAACGUUGGAAGCGGGAAAGCUCGUCGUUUUACGAUCAAGCAAGAGUCGGCUGCACCAUCCAUGACGUCCAUUCGUCGAGUUACGCCAUCCGACGAUGGCCAAUCCACUAAUGGUAAAGCUCCUUGUGUUAAGUUCGGUGACGACGAUAGUCCUCGAGUACUUGAGGGAUAG